UUCCGGCCUGUGUGCGGGGAGGCGGAGCUAGGCUGUGUCCUGCAGGCAGGGUAAUGAUUACAGUGCGACCUGUAUGUACACAGAGAGCGGCACUGCACGCACAGGCACGGGACCGGUAGAUCAUACUGGAUAGAAGUGGUAUUACGGAACCAGAGAGAGGUGGAACGGGCGGCUGGGCGCCGGAACCAGAGAGCUGAUACAGGGACAGUUGAUGCUCAGCUGUGUCAGAACUGCAUGAGGCAGCAUCUAUCCAUCUACUAUAUCAUAGACACCGAUGUGAACAAGCCUGUGUGAAACGUACGUCAUCGGCAAACCAGCUGUUUCCGGGGGCAUGGUGUUCCGACUCGGCGUCUGGCUCUUUGAGCGGCUCCCUGCUUGGUGCUGUGGAUUCCCAAAUGGCGAAAUAUAGGAGUACACACACGCAUCUCUUAGCAUGGCAAUAUCUGUCUCCUUUCACUGUGAUUCUAUCGAGAAGAUUCACUGUUACUGUUGGAAUACGCUGUUCCUAUUGAAAUGUCCCUUCCAUCCUUGAUGUGUCACCAUGAAUCGUUACACAACAUUCAAACAGCUUGGAGAUGGCACCUAUGGCUCCGUCCUUCUUGCAAGAAGCACAGAAUCUGGAGAGCUGGUUGCUAUUAAAAAAAUGAAAAGAAAGUUUUACUCCUGGGAGGAGUGCAUGAAUCUUCGAGAGCUAAAGUCGCUGAGGAAGCUUCAUCACGCCAAUGUCAUUAAACUGAAGGAAGUAAUCAGGGAAAAUGAUCACCUCUACUUUGUAUUUGAAUACAUGAAGGAAAAUCUUUACCAACUAAUGAAAGACCGCAACAAAUUAUUUCCUGAAUCUACUAUCCGGAACAUCAUGUAUCAGAUACUUCAAGGGCUAGCUUUUAUACACAAAUACGGGUUCUUUCACAGAGACUUAAAACCUGAAAACCUCCUUUGCAUGGGACCAGAACUUGUGAAAAUAGCAGAUUUUGGACUAGCUCGAGAAACCAGAUCGCGACCACCUUACACAGAUUAUGUGUCAACAAGAUGGUACAGGGCGCCAGAGGUUUUACUUAGGUCGACCAGCUAUAACUCUCCUAUUGAUAUCUGGGCUGUUGGAUGCAUAAUGGCUGAAAUUUACACGCUGAGGCCUCUAUUCCCAGGCUCCAGUGAAAUUGACACCAUUUUCAAGAUUUGCCAAGUUCUAGGAACUCCAAAGAAGACUGACUGGCCCGAAGGCUACCAGCUUGCAAGUACAAUGAAUUUUCGCUGGCCACAGUGUGUACCAAACAACCUUAAAACAUUAAUCCCUAAUGCAAGCUCUGAUGGCAUCCAGAUAAUGCGAGAUAUGCUACAGUGGGACCCUAAAAAGAGACCAACUGCAAGUAAGGCUCUCAGGCACCCUUAUUUUCAUUUGGGUCAGGUACUUGGAACACCCCAAAGAAUUCAAGAGUUAACAAAAACCCAGAAAGACUUUCAAGAAAAGCAAAUUCCAUUACAUAUCAAACCUGUGCCGCCGCCUCAGCCGCCACCAAAAUCUCAUGUUCGCCUUUCAUCUCGGGCUCUGCAGCAAAGCCAGUCAAAUGGGCAUCCUUUCAAGUUGAGCACAUCUGUGGCAGAUUCUGCUGAUGUUCCCCAAGGGAAAGUUUCCGUAAACCGCCAGCUUCUACCUGAGUUAAGCAACCAAGCAUUUCCCUCUAAAGCUGCGCCUGAUUUAGACCAUGCUAAUCUCAACACAAAGAAUAGGCGACGAUGGGGACAUGUCACCCGAACACUGAAGGGAUCUGGUGAACGGGAUGACCUGCAAGAUCUUGAUAUUCACUCUUCGAUUACUAGAACUGAAAUGAAGACUGAAAAGCGCAGACCAAGUGACGAUGUGCUUUGUAGUUUUGAGAGCAUUUUGGAUUUGAAGAAAGAGGACCACAGCGGUACAGCUGGACCUGCGCAUUCCUCUUUCUCUCGGCAAGACACAGCAGCAUCCAGGAGAACAUCAGCUAAGCAACAUUAUCUGAAGCACUCCAGGUAUUUGCCUGGAAUCUCCGUUAAGAACAGUGCUGUAAAUAACCCAAGUAAAGAUGCAUGUAAUGCCUAUGCCCAGUGGCCAAAUAUUAGUCAGCCAUUGAAAGGUUUUGGUGCACCACCAGGGCCGUCUGGAGAUAGCAGCUCUGUUACUGGUUACAUCCCUGCUUUCCUAAAACAAGAAAUUCAUUCUGUUGGACAGAGGACCCGUUUAGCACCACUUACAGAGCCAUCCCCCAAGUUUGGGCCUUUGACAUCUAGAUUGUGUCUAGGGCAGUCUACAUUGAACUCUUCAUCCAAAAGCUCCCCUGCCCUGUCUCCCAGACCACCACCUCCUCUUCAGCCAAUUCAUGGAAGAACAGACUGGAUAUCCAAAUAUGCAAAUAUAAGCUGCACAUCAACUGCACUGUUUGCUCCAGUCUAUAUGGCCUUAAUGAUCACUUGUGCUCUUUGUCAGGUAGCCUCAAACAAAGUAUAAAAUACCUUCAUUUUUAUUUACUUUGACAUAACCUAAUACAUGCUUUUAGUCUGUUUUGUUCUUUUUUUUAAGACUACAUUGCACAGAACUCUCUGAUAGAAUGGAACUUUGACUAUUUCUGCACUGCAGGCUCGUGUAUCAUUUCCAAAUGUACUGUAAAUAAAGAUCUUUAGUCUUCUUACAUAUUGCUCCAACAAAUGAAUUACUCUAGUGGUCUUAAGUGAAGAGCAAAGUAAACUGACAAUCUAUUAUUUUAAAUGUAUAUUCAUAAACAUUCAUUGAAACACAGAAUUAUUCCUUUCAAAUGCCUUAAUAUUUACAGAAUGAGAGGGGUUGGGUUCGCAAUGCCGGUGGUCAGAAUACAGACUGCAGCAUCCUGACAGUGUGAAUCGCAACAGGGGGGAAGGGAAGUAUACUUACUUUCCCCAGUGGUCCCCUAACCUUCACCCUCCCUUCCCGCUGCCUAAACCUGACCGGAUCCCUAUGAGAGUCUCCAUGCACCAAUAUAUAGUUUUGCCAUUUGUUUGCACCUUUCAUGUAUAGCAGGCGAGUCCCUGCGUGAAAUUGUAACUGCUUUAGAAAACGCUAAUUUGUUCUUUUUCAGACUGUAAACUGUAUAUAUUGGCUGUGUAAUUUAACAUUUGGAGGCUUAAGACAAAGCUGGUAUCUUAAGAUGAUAACCUGUAAAAGGACAAAAGUAACCAGUUGCAAAAUAUGUACUUUGAAAUUUUGGUGUAUAUUUAUUUUGUUAUACUUGGAAUUCUUCAAAUAUAUGCGUUACAUGAUUCAGGUGUGCCAACUAAUGCACUAAGCAUUAUUAUUAAAUAUUUCUAUAUAGUUCUAUAAUAAAAUGUACUUAGAUACAGUGCAUUCUUGCCAAAUAUUCAUUAUUCACAAUCUCUCAGGACACUUUGGAAGUUUUAAAUUUUGAAAAACAAAGUAUUACCUUUUCAUAUUAGAUUGGUCACAUUGCUAGUCAUGUCCUCUUUCUUUUAAUGUGUAUUGAAUGAGUGGGUAGAGAACUUUUUUUGUUUUUUAUAAUUCUCCUUUAGGAUUAGUUGUAGGGUGUAUUCUUAUAGCCUGGUAAAGUGAUUGUUCAGCCUUCACGCAACAGUGUUCAUGGUUUUACCAUGCAGGGUUUAAAACUGAUGUACAAGAGUGUCUAUUGAAGCAGACGCUCCCACAGUCAGAAAUGAGGCAUUUGGCCUGAUUCUGAGGUGGGAGUAAAGCCAAAAAGACCAAGUAGCUGCACCUGGACAAACCAUGUUGCAAUGCAAAGGGUGCAUAUUCAUUCAUUCACAUGCAAGGUAAACCCUGGCUGCUUUUGCAUAUAGCCCACAAAUGCUUUAUAUUUACACUGCAAUUUAGAUUUGAGUUUGGAUACAACCCUCCCAAAACUCUGCACAUUGUUACGUUUAUCCCAACUGCAGUGUAACAUGAUUUUCCCAAGGUGCUUAUUUACUUGCUCUUUUUUGCUUUACUCGGCUCAGAAGCAGGCCCUUUGUCUCCUUUUAUCCCACAUAAUAUGUAAACAGACUCAGGUCAUCUCAGUCUGUCUCCGGGCCUGGCUCUGAUUUCUGCUGAUCUCAUUCUUUCACUUCAGCUCCAUACUCCGCCCUGAUUCCCACCUCCCUGUCCCCCAUGUUUACCUAUGCCCAUUACUCUGCAGCAGGUCGGUCCCAUCUCUCACUCUCCUCCCACAGUACUAAAACAAAACCUCUACAGACAGUCCAAUUUUUUUAGAAUGCUUCUCAGGGGUCACUUUCUGCUUGCCUGCCACCAAUAAAUGGAAUUAAAGCAACAACAUUCUCACAAUAGUUGAUUUGAUCAUUUUGACAGCUGUUAUUUUAUAUGUGUAAAAAUAUAUAUUUUUCGAAGACCAUUUAAAAGGACCAAAUAGGAGUUACUGAUACUGUGGUUUGGUAUAACCAACAUGCUUAUGUCGUCUACCUAUUAUUCUUUUACAUGUUAUUGAUGAAAUUGCCAAUAAGUGUGCAGUAGAUGUCAAUACUUUUAUUCUCUUGUAUUGGUCACAUAAUAGAAUCACUUCUCCUGAGCAGUUUACACCGGAAGAACGGAUAUUAAUAUUAUGGCUUCAUUGUAUGUUGUCACUAUAAAAGCCCCUGUAUAGUCUGCAUUCUAGUUUCUAGGCAGUUACUCUGUUUACGUUUUAUAUUGCAUGUGUCACUUUCUACAGAUCUUACAAUAAAAGUCUGUUUUCUGA